AUGCGAAGGUACGUCUCGCUGCUGGCGCUGAUAACGCUCUGGCCGCUAGUUUCUGCCUAUGUUUACAGAUGCGAACCAGGCACAGAUCCUACGGUAUGUAGCAUCUGGAACUUGGAGUACGAUGCAGAAAUCGUGGUGAAACAUCCCGAUCGACUACCGAGCGUUAAUUAUUCGUCCACUGUCAGCACUGUGCAGUUACUGUUCGAGCGGUAUUACCACAACGGCCGUAGCCUGUUGGAACGAUAUGAUUUGACGCUUCAUGGCACCGUUCUGCGGAAUCCUUCCGUUGUGCAGAUACGUGACUACCCACUACGGCAGAUCGUCUUACCGCCCAAUCUUACAGCGGGUGACUUUACCGAUAACCACAUCUCGGUGAUCGAAACCAAUCUGAACGAGACGUACGAGGUACGCUACCUAGACCUGUCGCAUAACACCAUUAGGGAUUUAGCAAAUUUCACUGUGCUGGUGCAACUAGAGUCACUCAAUCUGGAAGGCAAUUGGAUCACAACGCUGCAGGCGAACAUAUUUACUCAUAUGGUCAACCUAACUCAUCUGUAUCUGGGAGAUAAUCGGUUCUAUAGCUUUGAUCUUACCAUCCUACCGAAAGGACUGAACGUCCUGUGGUUGAAGCGAAACAGACUGCGAGGACUUAGCAUGACCGAUGUUUUGUUGCCCCGGUUGCGGGAGCUUAAUCUGGAGUCAAAUAUGCUAUCCUCGCUUAACUUGGCACUGUUUACGGCUUUUCCAGCGCUGGAGGUGCUACCGAUCGCGUAUAACACAUUCGCAGAGGAGGAAGCCACCCGCAUCAUAGCGGAGCUGAAAAGUCGUAGUAUAGCUUACUACAUCGGAAUGGAGCGUGGUGGCAUUGUGGAUUGUGAUUAUGAUGAGUAUCGCGUGGCGGAUGUUUGUUUUGCCCCUUCAGGAUAUAGCGAUUGGUCAAUUUGGGUAGGAAUUGUUCUGAUAUUGUUAGCUGUGCUGGUAGUUGGUAUGUUUGUGCUAAGUGUACGCUGGGUUUGGAAGCAGAUGGCUUACUGA